CGGCGCCCCGGCUUCACUAAGAGCAAUCCGGAGGUGGCGGCAAGCGAAGUUCCCCGCGAACUCCCGCCACCAGGCUGCUGCUGGAAGCCGGGCGCCACGUCUCUGUUUCCCACGGGGGUCUGGGGACAUGGCCCGGAGGGCUCUCAAGCUUGCUUCGUGGACCAGCAUGGCUCUUGCCGCCUCUGGCGUCUACCUCUACAGCAACAAGUACUUGGACCUCAACGACUUUGGCGCUGUCAGGGUGGGCAGAGCAGUUGCCACGACAGCUGCCAUCAGUUACGACUAUCUUACCUCCUUGAGGAGUGUCCCCUAUGGUUCAGAGGAAUACUUGCAGCUUCGAUCCAAGGUGCACCUUCGCUCUGCCAGGCGCCUUUGCGAGCUCUGCUGUGCCAACCGGGGCACGUUCAUCAAGGUGGGCCAGCACCUGGGGGCUCUGGACUACCUGCUGCCGGAGGAGUACACCAGCACGCUGAAGGUGCUACACAGCCAGGCCCCACAGAGCAGCAUGCAGGAGGUCCGCCAGGUCAUCCGAGAGGACCUGGGCAAAGAGAUUCAUGAUUUGUUCGUGAGCUUUGAUGACACCCCUCUGGGAGCUGCCUCCCUGGCCCAGGUCCACAAGGCGGUGCUGCAUGAUGGGCGGACGGUGGCUGUGAAGGUCCAGCACCCAAAGGUGCAGGCUCAGAGCUCAAAGGACAUUCUUCUGAUGGAGGUGCUCGUCCUGGCCGUGAAGCAGCUAUUUCCGGAGUUUGAGUUCAUGUGGUUGGUGGAUGAAGCCAAGAAGAACCUGCCUUUGGAGCUGGAUUUCCUCAACGAGGGGAGGAACGCCGAGAAAGUGGCCCAAAUGCUCAAGCACUUUGACUUCCUAAAGGUCCCCCAGAUCUACUGGGAGCUGUCCACCAAGCGGGUCCUUCUGAUGGAGUUUGUGGACGGCGGGCAGGUCAACGACAGAGACUACAUGGAGAAGAACAAGAUUGACGUCAAUGAGAUCUCGCGCCACCUGGGCAAGAUGUACAGUGAGAUGAUCUUUGUCAACGGCUUCGUACACUGUGACCCUCACCCAGGCAAUGUGCUGGUGCGGAAGUGCCCGGGCACAGGAAAGGUGGAGAUCGUCCUCUUGGACCAUGGGCUUUACCAGGUGCUCACGGAAGAAUUCCGCCUGGAUUACUGCCACCUCUGGCAGUCGCUGAUCUGGACCGACAUGAAGAGUGUGAAGAAGUACAGCCAGCGCCUGGGAGCCGGGGACCUCUACCCCUUGUUCACCUGCAUGCUGACAGCCCGGUCGUGGGACUCAGUCAACAGGGGCAUUGGCCAAACUCCAGUCACCGCCACUGAGGACUCAGAGAUCCGCAACAAUGCGGCCAACUACCUCCCGCAGAUCAGCCACCUUCUCAACCUUGUGCCGCGUCAGAUGCUGCUCAUCUUCAAGACCAACGACCUGCUGCGGGGCAUCGAGGCCGCCCUGGGCACCCGCGCCAGCGCCACCUCCUUCCUCAACAUGUCACGUUGCUGCGUCAAGGCGCUGGCCGCGCACAAGAAGAAGAAUACCCAUUCAUUCUUCAGAAGGACCCAGAUCUCUUUCAGUGAGGCCUUCAACUUAUGGCAGAUCAACCUUCAUGAACUCGUUCUGCGUGUGAAGGGGCUGAGGCUGGCCAGCUGGGUGUUGGCCCUGCUCUGCUGGCUGUUGCCUGCUCCACACUGAGUGGACUUACUGUUCCCUUCCCGGUGUGACCUUGUGGUGGCCAAGGGGUCUUUUCACUCCUCACUCUUCCAUCAUGUCUCUACGCGCUUGCCCCGUUUCUGCCAGCUGGUGGCCUGGAGCCCCACGGUCUCUGUCCAUGGCACCGUUGUGCUCCACCUCUGAAAUUCCUCUCCUUUGGAGCCCUUGUCUUGGGACCCCCAAGCUGUGCCAUGUGAUAGGUUCCUUUCUCUCUGUAUCCAGGGAGAAGGCACGGCAGUCUGCCUUCCCGCUCCCCAUGUGGGCCAUUGGGUUGGAUGCCCCCCCCCUUCCGUUAACCCUUCCUGUUAUCAGGAUGGACCAUGAAUCCCACUGAGGGCACAUUUAACUUGUAGGAAGUUUGAUUUUGCUGGAAGGGAGCGUGCUCUCUGAACUGGAGAACAGUUUCCUCUCCUUGCGCUGUCACUCAGAGGUGCCGACCUUAGCGAGGGCUUGGCGCCCACGCCAGCCUCUGUGGCAGCUGUGAGUUCACUGCUGUCGUCGUGACCCCUUUGGUGUUUUAUGUACUGUGAUUCAAUAAAAACCCCUUCAGGGUUGCAGAGCAGAGCUUGGUCAGUGGGAUUUUUAUUCCAGGUUGGGAGUGAAUCCACUUCGGCCACUAGGUAGGAGUGGGUCUGGAUGCCGUGCGACAUUGUGAUCUGCUCGGCUUCCAGGCCCUGAAAUCCUUCCACCCUUCCACUGUGCGGCAGCUUUCUGAUUCUUGUAUGUUUCUCUGACUUUCUAAGACUGAGACCUUGGUUGGAGUGGUUAGGAAGCCCAAGGCCAGGAACUCAGAGGCUCAGCUGAAACCUCUGACUUUGGUUCCCCCAGUUUCUCACCUCAUUCCCUGUGACCUGGCACCUGCCUUGUUCUACCAGUUGGCUUCUGACUUAGCCCUUGGAUUCAUCAUUUGAUACCCCCAGUCCUGGAGACUGAAGUCUAAAGUUCAGUCACCGUGGCUGGGCUUCCACUCUGAAACCUCUUUGUCGCCUGUCUGGACUCUGCUUCUACCUUAUUGCCUGUUGCUAGCCUGCACCCCCCCCCACUCGAUCAUCUGGUCCUGUUUUGGGGACACCCGCAAACUCCUGUGUUUGUGUGGUCUCCAGAUCCCCAAGACCCCAGAUAUGGCAGGUCCUAGCUCUCACCGAGCACCCAGGCUCACAGAGAGUAAUUGUGUUUAAAUCUCUCCAAUCUUACUUCAUUGCAUUCAUGAGGGCAGAAAAAACCCUAAAUUUAAGUCUCAUUUUCCGUUCUCUUUAUUCAUAACACAAGAAGCAGAGUUUUCACUGACCAGAGAUGAUUCGCAAUCCCUUUAUUUCCUGAAAGAAUUAAUUGUUCUUAGUGACCAGUUGGUUGCACCCAGAGACCUGAGAGAAUAAUUUGCAAGAUCUGUUAUGAGUCACGAGGACGCACGCUGCAUAUUACAUUUUAUGGUGUCUUUUAUAGCCACUGAAGUAAAUAUAAAUGUCCUUUUUGUUCAAGGUAAUGGUUACUCGCUUUUCACUUUGGGUUUAAUGGUUGGCUUCCUGCUGCCUUGGGAUCUAAGACAUCAGCAUGUUGCCAGAACAGUUAUCCAGAGAGAGCUGAGAGGCUGGGAGAGCUUGGGGUACAGAGCAGUUUGAAAAUAGGAGGGGUCAGUGUUUACUGAGUGCCUUCCACGUGUGAGAGAACAUGCUAGGUUCUUUGUAAAUAAGUUACAUCAUUGACUUGUCUCAUCAGCUCUAUGAGGGCGAGGGGUCAUUAGCCUCAUCUCGCAGAGAUGGGAACUGAGGCUCAGAGAAGUUUAGUAAUUUGCUUGAAGUCACUCAGCUGCUGAAUGAGGGUCCAUGCUUUGCUUUUUAUUCCACAGCGCUGGAGAUAUGGAUUACGCCUGCUCCGUGAGCUGUCAUAUGUGCCUGAAUUGUGACUCUAACACCCUGACUUCAGAGAAAGUUGGAUUUUCAGUGGAAGUGGGGGAGUGGAUGGGUGAAGGAGACAAAAAGUUCUGGAAGUGCAGACUGAGUCCUGCAUGUUCCUCGGGCCUAAGACAGGAUGGACCUGGACCACUGUGAUACUGCAGUGCAAUUCUGAUGCUGACCACCUAGAGCUAGUACAGACUCUGUUCCCUUAAGCACAUAGUUCCCGUAAGACUGCCCUCACUUCAGACACAAGUUGCAGGUUUGGGGGUCCCUAGGCCAUCUACACUUUUGACCAACUGACUACAAAUUUGGGGGUUCCCACAACCCCCUUAGAUUUGAUAAUUUGCUGAAUGACUCCCAGAACUCAGGAAAGCACUACACUUGUGACCAGGCAAAUGAAGAGACACAGAGGGUGAGGUCUGGGAGGAUCCCAAAUGCAGAGCGUCUGGGUUCUUGCUGUGAAGGGAACCUCUUGGCACAGAAAUGUGUUCGUUGAGCUUCAGUGUCCAGAGUUUUUAUCAGGGUUUCAUUAUAUAAGCACGAUUGAUUGAAUCAUUGACCACAUGACUGAACACAAUCUCCAGGCCCCCUUCCCUCCCUGGAGAAGGUGGGGCUGCUAUCAACCCCAUCCUGAGUCAUUUAGCAUAAGCUCAGGUGUGAUCCAGGGGGCACACCAUGAAUAACAGAGAUACUCCCAUCACUAAGAAAGUCCAAGGACUGAGAGGUCGUCUCCCAGGAGCAGACAAAGCAACAAAGACCAGGCAGAUUCUUCACUGUAUAACAAUCACUCUGGUGUCUCCUCAUCCCGUGUACUUGGCCUGAGGUGCGUCUUUAUCGACUGACCACUGGUCUAUGCCUUCUGCUCUGCCAGGUGGAGCCACCUCUGGUGGAUCCAUCUCAGGAUCUCUGUUCUGCAGCUCAGAGAGUGUGCACGUGAGUUUAUACGUGGGACCUUUGCCCUGCUCCCUUCUGUCCUGUGGAACUUCCAUACAUUGAUUUGGGUUUGGUGCUUCCAGUAAAAUCCUGCGGCUUUCUUCUCCCAGCAGUUACAAUGUGUCAGGAAGUCAGCACCAGCUUACUUUGAAGAGCACCUUCUCUUUUAACCCUUGGAUCCUUAUUCAAUUUAGGUGUUGGCUUCUUUGAUUUGGGCAACAUGGCUGUAGUUCCCCUUCCCUCUUCUCAUCCACCUGAGGAGAAUUCCAACUCGAUGGCCCAUUUGGCUUCUCGAGUAUGCACCCAGCUCAUAGGAAGUGCGGAUGUCCUGGUUUGUAGUAAGUGCUCAAUAAACACGCAAAUAUUUAGACUCUCAGAAUGCUUCACUAUUUUCAAGGGAGUUGAAACCUGUGUAUUUAAAAAGAAGCUGCACAUGCCAGUCUCCCUCUGCUAGGAACACUGCCUUGUUUGAUUGUCAGGUUAAUUUCCGCCGUGUUCUGAGCCCACUCCCGGGAUCAGGGGUGGUCACUCUCAGCAUCAUGGGCUGCUAGGUGCUCCCGUCCUCCACCACUUCACGGCUGUAGGGACUUCUGAUGACAUCUCAGAAAAUGAGUGUGGCUCCAAGCGGCACAAAUCCUCAGGGGUAAUGCUUUGGAGGUUUGGAAUUACCCUCAGUGUAAGCAAAUGUGAGAAGGGUGGGAUGGAGCCUUGCCGAGGGACACUGGGGCUUCAGCAGUCUCAGGGUGUGGCCAGACGGAGCUAGGGUCUGAGCUGGGAACUGGUGACUGGGCAAGAUCUGAAUAGACAGGAUGAACAGGGUCUCAGAGAGUUCCUGGCAGCCUGGCCUGCUGGGGGUGAUGUUUGCUGGGCUGGAUCGGGGGUGAGAGGCCUUGAUGCCCGGCGACCUGGUGCCACUGCUGUUUGUAACUGGCCAAGGGGGACUGGGGAGGCCCCGUCUCCUAAGCCUUAAGUCUGCAAAUAUUUUGGUAAAAACCCGUUUGUUCAGAAAGGCUCUGCUCUCACCUCCUUGCCUUCCUCCCUCCCUCCUUCCCUCCUGUGGAGAAAAGCUUAUUACAAAGCUGCUCUCCCCUUUUCUAAAGGAAGGAUGAGGGACCCUCAGCAGAGUAAAUAUUAAACCUUGGGCUGUGAUGUCCGUGUUCCUACAGCCAGUGCCUCCUGGCCCGGUUUACUCGGCUUCUCUGGAGGCUGCCUCAGCCCCCGUCAUCGGCUAGCUCCUCUUCUAGCCGGGUCACCGUGCCCCUGGCCAGCACUGCAAGGGACAGGAAGUGCUCUUUCUGCCCAGUUCUGCCUUUGGCUUAGCAAUAGCAAAGAGCCUCUGGUGUUUCUUCCUGUUUUUCUCUUUCCCGUGUGUAAAGGGAAGUCCAGGCUGGUGAAGUGGUGAAGCGAUGGGUGUCCAUAGCCCCCUGACCCCUGACAUUUCAGCUCCCAUUUCCUCAUCCCUCCUUCCUGAGCAGUGCUUUCCAAACUUCCCUGUAUACACAAGUAACCUAGGCUAAUGUUAAAACACAGGUUCUGCCUCAGUGGGUGUGCGUGGGGCCUGAGGUUCAGCAUUUCUAACCAGCUCCCGGGGGAUGCUGAUGCUGCUUGUCUGAGGACGAUGCUUUGAGUUGCAAGGCUCUGAUCAGUGGUUCUCAAGGUGUGGCCCCGGGACAGGCAGCAUCAGUGUAACCCAGGAGCUGGUGAGAAAUGCAGGUCUCAGACCCCACUCCAGAUCUGCCGAAGCAGAAACUCUGGGGGCGGGACCCACCAGUCUGUUUUAACGAGCCCCCCAGGGAAUUCUGAUGUACGCACUCACGGUUGAAGUCUCUGGUCUAUAGGUCUCAACUCCACCUGCACAUCGGGAUCACCGGGAGAGCUCUGAAUGCCCAAGAUUCUGAUUAACUUGGUUUGAAUGAGGGCCAGGCACUUAAAACAAUUUUUUAAAACUUUUUAUUUUGAAAUAACUUUAGAUUUACAGUAGGUUGUAAAGAUAGUACCCAGAGGACACCCACAUAGCGUUCACCUAGCUCUCCCCAAUGUUAACACCUUACAUAACCAGGGUAACCUUUAUUAACACUAAGAAUUAACAUUAGUACAAUACCAUCAACUAAACUAUUCCAGUUUCAUCAAUUUCCUCACGAAUGUCCUCGCCACAUCCCAGGAUCCAGUCUAGGACGUACUUUACAUUCAUUUGUCACGUCUCCUUAGUCCCUGCUCUAGGACAGCUCCUCAGACGUCCCUUGUUUUUCAUGACCUUGACACUUCGGAAGGGCACUGGCCAGGUACUUGUAGAUCGUCUUUCAAGUUUGGCUUGUCUGAUGUUUUCUUGUGAUGAGAAUGGGAUUAGGGGUUUGAGGAAGAAUACCACGAAGGAGGGACACCCCCUCAUCGUGCCACACCCCGGGAAACAUCAUAUGGACAGCGGGGAUGUACUGAUUUUGUUCUCUCAAGCUCCCCAGCCAGGGUUGGGACCCAGCGUUAGGCUCAUGCACCUUCCAGGUAUCUUCUGGAGAAGGAAGAAACGCAGCUUAUGAACUUCUCCACAGGUGGGCGUUAGGCAGAGCCUCUUUGAGAUUAAGGGAGGCCUGGCUAUUUCCAAAUUAAAAGGCUCCCAGGAAACUAAAAAAUGCAGCUAUACCAACACAAGGUAAUACAAAUGGCUGUGUAAUUUUAAUGUUUACAUUUACCACACGUUAACUCUUUAAGCAAACACACAAAUGUAGUGACAAAUGGAUGUAACAUCAGAAGCGUGAGCACCAAACCCCUCCCACCAAAAGAUAGGCCUGGCACUAGCGAUUUUGUUUUCCAGGUGUAUUUGCAGCCCUAGACAUGGAAAUCACUAGUGGGAGGUUGGCAGGGAGCCCUCUGGUCAGUCACUCCUGAGUGGUGGGCCUGGUGUCCUCUGCAUCAGCCUGGACUGGCAACCACCUCCCAGUGCCCAGAGGGGAAGUCAGAGUCUCAGCUGGGCUGGUGGUCGACUGUUUCUAGCCCACGACUGACUGCCCAAGCCAUGAAUGACGGAAGUGCUUGGUGAUCCUUCCUCUAGGUGAGUAAUAACAGAGGGAAGGCUGGAGGGUGGAGUGCCAGCGGCAGGACUUUCCUCCAAGGUGACACUGGGUGGGACAUGAAGUCCUUCCAGGUUGAUGAAUUGGGGACAGAGGUCAGGGGCUCUGGGUAUUCCUUGCCCUCUUGGAGUUUCCAGGGCUGUGUGUAGGUGGGGGUCUUCUUCCCUGGCCCCUGGGUGCUUGCUCCUUUUUGUGCCAAAUGUAAGCAUGUGCACAUCAGAGUAUCUGUAAACAUCUGUUGACAGCGGCUGCUACCAUCAUGGAGGUGAUGCCCUCCAGCCCAAGGGCCUGGGCUCUCUCUACAGUUGGCCUGAGUUCAAAUCCUGUUGCCCUCAGUGUUCUGUGUGAUCUUGGGCAAGCAACACAACUUCUCUGGGCUCCAAUUCCUAGAUUUGAAUAGUGGGAAUAAUAGUACCUACCUCACGGGGUCAUUGGGAGGAGGAAGUUAGAUAAUAUAUGCAAUGUGCUUGCAGAAAUGCUUAGAGAAGAGAAACCAUAGCAAGUGCUCAAUAAAUGUCACUUAUUUUUAUGAUUAGCCCCCAUGGCAGACCGUAUUCCCAACGCCUUUUCUUAACCCUGCCCUCUACUUGAGAGCCUGAAAAAGUGAGGUCUUGGUUUCCCAGCUUCCCUUGCAGCUGGUGGUGGCACACGACAUGGCAGGUGAAGAGGAAUCUUUUGGAGUGAUUCUGGGAAGCUUUUUUUUUAGAUAUUGAUAUAGGUAUAGUUUGUGAGUAUUGCCCCUUCUUCUUCAUUCCAGCAGGGGAGACUGGUGUGUGGUUUUGGAUGUCUGGAACUUUAGCAGCCAUUUUGUGAUCUUGAGGUGGUAGGUACAACUUGAUGUUUUAUUUGGGCAUGUAGCAACCUCUGCUGGAUGCUGGCCAUCACUCCUCCCAGGCAUAUGACAACCCUAUGAAGUCUAGGGACCACUGUUAUCCUCUGUGUACAGGUGAGUAAACUGAGGCACGGAGGCUUAGGUUGCUUGCUAGAGGCACACAAGCAGUGAAUGGUAUGGGGAGCCAGGCUUUGAGCCAAGGUAGUCUGCAGCCAGAGCUUCGGCUCUCAACUACUGACUUCCCAUUUUCCUCUGCUGGAGUGGACUGCUUCCACUGAGCCUGCUAGAGUUUGGGCCCAUCCUGCCUUCCUGCAGCCUCCUCAGUCUGGAGCUAGUGGGUUCCUGAAGUGGUGGGCUUCCGUGCUUCCUGCAGUGAGUGCAGCUGGGCAGUGGCACCCUAGGAGUAGUCAUUUCUCUGCAGAGGGUCGGCCUGUAUGGCCCAGGGCUCACCCAGCCAGCGAGGCCUCACAUCAAGCCUCUUGGGCAGCCUUGGAUGCUGGAAUGCAUCCCCUUCUAGGGAAAUCCUUAUAAGGGAAGUUGACUGGCAGAGAUUCAAUUUUGCCCCAUGGUAAGUAGGAAUAUAGAGGAGGUUCUGCCUUUUUCACUUCUUCCUCUCCCUCCUGCCUCCCCUCAGGUAUGCAGGGAAAAAUGAUGACUGACAUGGGAUUUAGAAGAGAAACCAGGAACAUUCAGGAUGUUAUAAUGAGCUGAUCAGAACUAUUAUCUUUAAAGGCCCUGGACCCACGUUUGGAAGAUGUGGAGAACCCAGAGGAAGUCUAGAGGAGCAUAAUAGACAUGUCUACAGGGAUAGAAAAUAAAGAGACGAUUAUAGACUGGACACUCUCCAGAGAGCUGAGCAAGAGAAAACAGAGUUAAAUUACAGUAAGAUCUUAUUGUUACUGCUGUUGUUGAGACGAUGAGAGUGAGGGCUGCUGAUUGGUUACCUUAUAUGUUAUUUUCUGGUCAAAACCAACACAAAGGCCAUGCCAUUCUGGCUGGAUACCAGUUGUAUGGACACGCUUUCUAUAAUAGCCAUGGCUAUUUUCUGAUGAUCCAUAGGGUAUUUAGAAACUGGCUUUUUGGCUGAAAUAGGCUUAAUUUCUCUUAUUGAUUCUCGUAGUUGCUGUCCACCCAGGUUACCACCAGAGAGCUGGCAGGAGCUCUUUCUUUAAUCACAGUGUUAGUUUGAAAGAGACAUCCUGGGAGCAUUUAAGGUAAAGACAGCCUCCCGUAGGUGCUCCCCAUUGGCCUGAGAGCUGAGCUGGCCAGUUCACAGAGCCCGUGUUUAACCAAGGAUGAGUUUGGGAACUGGACUGUGUGUGUGGAAACUUCUCUUUCUUCUGCUUUUCCUACUUCACACGUCCCGUUGAGUGAGAUGAGAGCUCCUGUGAGGGUUGUCACCUCUCUCUGCCUGUCUGGGUUGUGAGAUUCCUAAACAGGCUGAUCUUGAUGUUUUAUAGACAUCUCCAUGGUCACCCCAUCUCCACAGUCUUGCUCUGGGUGUUCACUCUGCCUCUCUCUGCUUUUCCUUAUAUCCAAGCCCUCUGCUUUCUAUGUUCAUGACAGCUCUCAAGUCCUGCCUUCUGUAGGGAACUUCCCAAGGUCACUGCCCUUGUUGAGCUCCUCUCCUCCCCCUCUCAGUUCUCUUGAUACGUCUGUCUACCCCCACCAUCCACACUCAACUGUCUGCGUGCCCUGUGCAGUCCUUGGAGGGCAAGGGCCACCUCUUUGUCUCUUGCAUGCUCUUUGACACCAGGACAGUGGAGGCCAUAGUAAGCCUUUCAUUGGUCAUCACGUGGCCACUUACACAUGCCUCGAUUCAUGUAUGUCACAUGCAUCCCUUCAAUGCCCUUUUAUUGCGGAGGGGAGUGGAGAGACAAGAUGAAUCAGACAUGACGCUUGCCUUUAAGGAACUGGGGUAUAUUUCACAAGAGCAGCUGGCUUUGGGUAAGGAGAGAGCCUCCUGCCGGUGGGGGCAGAGGUGAGCCAGGAGGUCUGUGGUCUGGGAGGAGAGAAAAGGAUUUAAACAACUCUUGGGGACCAGUGAUGCCAGUCAGCAGCUCUACCUGGAAGCAAGAUUUGAUGAGACCAUCUCUAUCUCUCUUCGGGGCCAGUACUUCCCCAAAUUUCAUUUUUACCAAGGGACCUGCAUUCACUGUCUUAGUGGUUGGUGCCACCAGCAGUCACCCAGGUGCAAAAGCCAGGAGUCAGCCUUUGAAGUGAGGGUCUUGACCUUCAUAGAAAUGCCCCAUAAACUGUAUCACCUUGUAUGUCCUGUAUCCUCUCCUCUCCCACUCUACCACCAGCAUCCUGGUUCAGAUCUGAUCCCCUCAUUGGCCUCCUUGCCUCCCAACAUGUCCCACCAAACUGGCUCUUGUUCAGUUCACCUAAAGCCAACUUGCCUACGGUCAUUUGGCCAAAAACCUGUUUGCCCAAGGAUCCAUUCUCCCAAAGCCCAGUUUACCUCAAGUUAAGUAUUCUUGAACGUUUUCAGAUCCAUUUAACCUUCCUGUUAUUUCUUGCCUUUUUUUUUUUCACUUUAAAGAUUUUUAAAACCAAUUCAUGCAAGAGUAUUUGACUUAAUUUUGUAUUUCUAAUAAGUAUUUAUUGAAGAGGCAGCUCUUUGAACGAUUAUUUUGUAUUCCUAUGGAUGUCUUUUUCUAGAUUACCUAUUUUCAUUAACUUUAAAGAUAGCCAAUAUUUAGCCAUUUUUUCUAAAGACACUUUCCUUAAAAUAUGGCUGUCCUAGCAAAAAAGAAAAAAAUAUUCAAGGCAUUAAUUAUAAUCAAUUGCUAUGCACUGUGUCAUCUUUUUUUUUAACACCUUUAUUGGAGUAUAACCGCCUUACAGUGUUGUGUUAGUUUCUGCUGUAUAACAAAGUGAAUCAGCUAUAUGUAUACGUAUAUCCCCAUAUCCCCUCCCUCUUGUGUCUCCCUCCCACCCUCCUUAUCCCACCCCUCUAGGUGGUCGCAAAGCACCGAGCUGAUCUCACUGUGCCAUGCAGCUGCUUCCCACUAGCUAUCUGUUUUACAUUUGGUAGUGUAUAUAUGCCAAUGGUACUUUCUUACUUUGUCCCAGCUUACCCUUCCCCCUCCCCGUGUCCUCAUGUCCAUUCUCUAUGUCUGUGUCUUUAUUCCUGUACUGCCCCUAAGUUCAUGAGAACCUGUUUUUGGUUUUGUUUUUUCUUAGAUUCCAUAUAUAUGUGUUAGCAUACGGUAUUUGUUUUUCUCUUUCUGACUUACUUCACUCUCUGUAUGACAGACUCUAGGUCCAUCCACCUCGCUACAAAUAACUCAAUUUCGUUUCUUUUUAUGGCUGUGUAGUAUUCCACUGUAUAUAUGUGCCACAUCUUCUUUAUCCAUUCAUCUGUCGAUGGACACUUAGGUUGCUUCCAUGUCCUGGCUAUUGUAAAUAGUGCUGCAGUGAACAUUGUGGUACAUGGCUCUUUUUGAAUUAUGGUUUUCUCAGCGUAUAUUGUGCACUGGGUCAUCUUGAUCCCUUAACUAAGGGUACAUCAAUUUCAGAUGAAAAAUGGUGGGUAUUAAUGCUGAGUUUUGGUGUGGUGCAUACUAUUUUAUGAAUUAGAGACCUUGGAAAAGGAUGAUUCUUACAUGCAAUAUGACAGGUUUGCUACAUCUCCCCACUGCCAAUGACUGAUGCACAUUGUAUGCUCAACUCACAGGUCCUGAGUGAAUGAGUGAGAUUCUGAGAUGAGAGUCUAGUACUGCCAUUUGUAGCAAAGCAAUUUAUCUCAUGAUUGAACUGUGUCAACCAUCAGGAAGGAGACAUUUGCCUCAAGUUUUAAACAGAGAAGCCAGUGGUAUAAAAUAGACUGUCACUGGCAAAGCUUUUGACCUAGGAAAAUAGAUUGGAUUUGUCUAGGGUUCUAAGACAGACGUAACAAACACCUGGCCCCUACCAUGGCCCAUGCAAACUCCACAAGUUGGUCAUUGUAUCCUCUCAAGCUGAACUGGGAUAUGGCUCCAGAAUCCUUAACACAGCACACACGUCAACUGCUCCUGAUUGAGCAGUGUUGGCAUGUAAUGCCUAAGUGCUGUUUUGGGCCUCAAAGUAGGAUCCUUUCUUUACCUGGGAGAGUUUCAGAGCUCUCAUAAAUGAAGACAGGAAGACGAUCAAGUUAGCUCUCUGAUGGUGGGGAGGAGAUCAUCUUGGGCUCAUUUGGGCAGAUUAAUUGAAAGGCGUUGAGAUGUCAUUCCCUAGCUUAGAGGACUUUAUUCGACACUGUAUGGCUGUGUUUUCCUUUGGAGGGCCUUUGGUCUUCUGGGGGCGUGGGGAGCAAUAAUGAAUCUGAGUAUGGGAACCAAAGGAGUUCCGGCCAAAAGCCUGAUCUCCUCCCGCAGUGUUCAGCUUGGAAGCUGCAGUGUGGAGCUAGGAGGGAUCCUGGAAUGGGAGUCCGGAGACCGGUGGGUGCUGACCAGCUGGUCACUUAGCCCAAGGCUUCUCCUCCCUAAUCCUCUGAUUUCUUACCUGCAAAUUAAGGAGACUGGGCUAAAUGAGCGGUUCUCCAUGGGGGUGCUACUACCCCCAGGCACUUUCUGGAAAUGUGUGAGGACAUUUUGGGUUAUCAUAAUGACUAGGGAUUGCUACUGGCACCGAUCGGGUGGGGUCAGGGACGCUAGACAUCUUCCUAUGGACAGGGCAGCUUCACCCAGCGAAGAAUUGUCCUGUGACCAGAGUGGUGUCCAGGAUAUUCAUGUGGUAAAAAUCCCGACUGAACUGAAUCUACAGCCUAACUCUGUUUUACAUAUAAAGGCAAACCUUUUUAUUUUUCAUGGUAUUAAUACCUGUUGAAUUUUACAGGAAUGCAAUUACCAUGAGAGUUGAGGGGUGAUUUGUUUCUUUAGGAAUUAUUGGUCACUCUUCUGGGAGAACACUUAACCAGUGAAAAUGCAGAGCCUGCAUUUGAAUGGCCAGUGUACCUGCAUCAGUCUGACUUUUAAAAAUUAUGCAAGUAGAUUAAUUUUAUAUAUACAUAGAUGAUAGUUUCUAUGGAUUUUGUUUCAGGAUGGCCGGGGGCAUUGCAAAAUAUUUGUUGUGAAAAGGGUGCAUGAGGUCUGAUUGGGCUACAAAGCACUGGUCUAAAGAUGCCCGAAGAGCCUUUUUAGCUCUGACAUCCUCUGAGUGUGAGCAGAGAGGAGACUCACUUGGCGUGAAUAAUGGAAAACAUGCAGCAGUGGAAAUGGAUCAAGGCAAGGAUUAAUAUCCCCAAAUUGAGCAGAGUCUGCUGCUGACAGUGCCCACUGCCGCACAACCCUGGUACUGAGGUGAAGUCCUUGAUUUUGGACUCUGGGUCCAAAUGGGAUUCAGGAUCAGAAUGUCCUGGUUACAUACACAGCCGGCAGGAGGUCUGACUCCAUGGGCAACUGUUGUACAUGGAAGCUUACCUCCCCUCCUUCUCUCUGUAAUCCUUCCUCAUGCCCCUUUCUCAUGAUGUAAUUUUAGUAGAAGUAAACUUGAACAGCCCAAAAUUAUAUAAUUAAUUACAUUCAGCUUCAAUUACAAUCACUAAUUGAUCCAAGCCUGCUAGCACAACGCUUUCAUUACUUGGCACACAAUUAUUGAGUGCCUACCUUGUGCUGGGAAUAACGUAGGAAAUGGUCAAUUUUUCCUGAGGAGAGGGGUUAGAGGGGGGUUAGGGUUGUCAAGACAGGCCCGCUACGGACAAGGGGUAGUGGCCAAGGCUUUGCUGGGGACGUGGCAGGUGGGUACAUCCCACUGGCCUUCUAGUUCAGUCGUGAAUGUUCAUAGGCUAAAAAUCUCACAAUGGCCAUGCUGGGAUCAGGCAGGCUGGUUUGGGCAUCGGAUGUCACACGUUGUGCUCUAGGUCUCUUUGGUUUUCUUUUGACUGUUGAAUAGUAAUUAGUUGCAUCACCUCACUGGUCUCCCCACUCCUAACCGUUUCUCUGUAAUCAAAGGCCUCGCUCCUCAAGCCUGAAUCCGUAUUCUUGUUAAAUGCAAACUCUGGUUCAGCAGGUCUGGGUGGGGCCUGAGGUCCUGCAUUACCAACAAGCUCCCAGGUGAUGCUGAUGCUGCCAGUCUAGGGACCACACUUUGAGUCGCAAGGUUCCAGGAUCACCAGAUUACCCUCCUUUCAGGUGCUGACAUUCCUUGAGGGAGAAGCCAAAGCAAAGUUAUGACACCUAACUGCAGUCAGGGGUCUCCCAGAGCGGGACAAUUACUCUCCAGUUGCACUGGGGUUACUUCCUCCUUGUCCGCUGUGUUUCUUUAUGGGGCAUGUGUUCUUACUUCUCCUGGUAGUGGCUGUAUUAAGUAGCUCACUAGGUGAGUUCAGAGGUGGUAACAAAGGUGACACGUCCCAGAGGUUGUUAGGCAUUUGUGAAGUGAUUUAUUCACCGAAUACUUCCUGUCCACCUUGGAGGAGCUGGGUCCUAUAGAAAAAGGAGAGACAGAGGUAAAAAGGAAGAUAUCCUUUGGGGUGGGAAAGGCCGGCAGGCAAACCAACACAUGGUCUUAAAAUGUGAUCAGUACCCUGUGUGGAGCAAGCUGUGUGGCGCUCUGUCCCAGGGGACGCUAAGGACCAGCUGUGCCCUGGCGUCAGGGCGAUGGUACGUCCCCUUUACCAGGGAUGCGAGCAGCCCGGCCCACUUGGGAACCUGAGUCGGAGGGUCAUCUGGGAACCAGCUGGUCAAAUGGAAGGCCUCCACUCCCAGAGUUCUUUACCUCACCCUCCUUCCGCUCGCCUCUGCAUUUCUCCUUGUACUGCACCCCUCCUCCUCAGUUUCCAGUAACACCCCGUUACUGGGCAAUCAAAAAGGGAAAGGGGUGUUGGCCACUGGCUGUUUCUCAAAGAGGAAGAGCUGUAAUCAUGUCUGUUGUCGUUGCAGCAGGUCUGAUGAUGUCUCAUCAGCCUGAGAAUCCCCGAGCUGUGCGACCGCCUUCUCCUCCUGCCUCAGCUCCCCAAACAAUGCUCCACAGCCAUGUUCUACCUCUCUCACAAGGGAGGCGGGGGGUCAGGAAGGCCACUGGGUCUCUGCAAUUCAGCCUGAAGCCCAUUCAUCCAGGAGGGAGAGGUUUCAUUAUAGUCAGUUCUCCCCCGUGUCUGAGUUCUGAGGGUUUCCAUGGGACCAAAGCAGCCACAGGGGCCAACGUGCCCCUGAUGCUGUCUGACCAUGCAGGCACUCGCUGGGCUGGACCAGUCCUCGGCUACUGCUUACCUUUCCUGGAGACAUUUCCCUUGUGAGCCUCUAACACCAUGUUUGCCCGAAUGACCCUCAUUCCUCUCUUCUCCACCCUCUCAGGGCAACUUCGUUGUGACUUCUGGGUACAGCAGUCACCAGACAGACCACUGUCCUGAGCCACACGGGGGCACAGGGAAGCGCUGAGACCGUAAGAGUAGAGACACUAGGUGACCACUCUCCAGUCCAGAGGCAGCUCUACCUAGGAAGUGCUCACAGGUGUGCUCUGACCACACACCCCUCUGGACUUCUGAGACCUAAAAUAGGAGCGAGGCAGAGGAUGUAGGGCUCCUUCUCGGGGACCCAGUGAUGCCUCAGCUCUCAUCAAGUUCCUCUAUCUCCCCUCUUACCACCUCUGGGGAAAAAUUUUUUUUGUAGCUGGGGUCGGAUUGGGGGAAGUGUUGGAGGGUGCAGGGGGAGGAGAGAAUCUUGCUCUUUACUCCUAAUGUUUUUCUCCCAAAUCCUUUGCUUAAAUUUUGAGCCUAUUCCAUCCCCUAAAGAAAAAUCCAGAUAGCUAGCUUUCUGAAUCAAAAGCUAGUAAACGCCGCCCCCCCCCCACACACUGCCAUUUUGCAGUCUUAUCUCUUCCCAGCCAAUAAAAGGGAGAAGCCUGGUUGCUGCUUAAUGGUGGGGAUGGGGAAAAGGGCAGUGAACAGGAAACGGGGAGGGGAGGAUCCCAGCGCUGAAGAGUGCAAAAACCUUAAUCUGUCACAAUAUACCGAGUCCUCCAUUUGGUAAAGGAUGUAUAAUGAGAUACUUCUGAUCUUUUAGUUCUCUUUUGGCUUGCGGGACCAGCCCGCUGCCAAAGGACGCCUCUCCCUUCCUUUGGCCCUGUUUCUACCCCAGAAUACAUGCCUGCAGGUUUCCCUGAGCUCACUGGAGCUCUGGUGGUGAAGCAGGAACGUGAAAGUUCACUCAGUGGGAAUUUUCUUUUCUUUUCUUUUAUUUAUUUAAAAAAAUUUAUUUUUGGCUGUGUUGGGUCUUCGUUGCUGCACGUGGGCUUUCUUUAGUUGCGGUGAGCAGGGGCUACUCUUCGUUGCGGUGUGUGGGCUUCUCAUCGCGGUGGCUUCUCUUAUUGUGGAGCACAGGCUCUAGGCGUGCGAGCUUCAGUAGUUGCGGUGCGUGGGCUCAGUAGUUGUGGCUCGCGGGCUCUAGAGCGCAGGCUCAGUAGUUGUGGCGCACGGGCUUAGUUGUUCUGCGGCACGUGGGAUCUUCCCAGACCAGGGUGCAAACCCGUGUCCCCUGCAUUGGCAGGUGGAUUCUUAACCACUGCGCCACUAGGGAAGUCCCUUCUUUUUUGACUUACAGUGAUUUUGAAGUUUAGGCAUUCUCUGUCUUUCAGCCAUGCUGAGGGUGUGGUUUUUGUGUAGCUUUAAUUUUUCUUCUUGUUCUCUAUUGUUUCUGGAGGAAAUCUGGGGAGACAGACAUGGGUAGCCACCACUGUCUCAGUAAAAUGGAAGGGAGAGGCAUCCUCUGGAAGGUGGGUGGCAAAGGGGGUAAGAAGCAAAAAGAACCAUUUAAGAUCCCACAAGAUAGUAGGUGAUCAACAAAAGUUUGUUUGCAUGGAAUUUGCCAGACAGAGCUGGGUUAGUUCUGGCUUUGCUUUCUACCAGCUGUGUGAGUCCUUGGACAAGUCAUUUACCUUUCUAUUCUUCCGUAUCUUCCUCUAUGAUACAAAAAUAAUAAAGAUACCAACUUCCUACCUCUUAGUGUUAUGAGGAUUGAAUGGGAAGAGGCUUGGGGCAUACUAGGCACUUAAUAACAUUAGCUAUUAUUAUCAUUACUACUACUACUACUAUUAUUAUUAUUCAUUCACUAUCUCAAAGAAACUCAUCCGUGACAAGCAUAAGCUCUGAUAACAGUGGUUUAAGAAGACAUGUUUCAACCUUAAACAUUCUCCCUUUAAUUCUCUUAGGAAGCAGCAGUAACAAGUUUCCAGUUUUGGUUUCUGAUCCUGUUUAAGUUCCUAGUCCAUUGCCUUGCAUAUAACAAGAAAAUGGAACAGAACAUCAGGGAAGGAGGCUUCACGGCGUCUCAGAGCAGCUGACUGGCCUGUGCAGAGGCUGUGCGGCCACCUGGCCCGGCCCCCUCCCGCUGUCAUGGCCGGGGGACCCUCUGUGCUGCUGUAACCACGAGCGGCUCCUCCCUGGGCGCCAGGACGUCCCUGCCCGGUGCGUGUCUGGAAUAGGCACUUAGAUCAACGCUGACUCUGGAGCCCGUCCCUGGGUCCUGCAGAAGGGGCCAGAAGGGCCUUGCAUGGUAGGCACGAUUACCUCAGUCUUACAAACUGGAAAAGGGAGUCUCAGAAUAGAUAUAAAUUAUACCUCAAUAAAUAUGGCUUUAAGAAACCCAAGCCUUGGACUUGAGAAGAAGCAAAGAUGGCGGAGUGAGGUGCCGAGGCUAUCUGGCCUUUGGGCCAAGGGGAGGGCCGGCCCCCUGGCGCUCAAGUGCUUCUGCUGGCCCGUAUGAGGAAGAACAUUUUCCUUGACUUGUAGGUGCUUUUAUAUUCAUCUCGGAAAGAAAACAAAAUUCUGAACUCAGGAUUUGGCAAGUUUUGAAUCAGAACUGUGUCGUCUUCAAGCAGAAGAGGUUAUUCAAGCUCAGUUUGGAGUUGAGAUAUAACAAAAAAUAAAAAAUUACCCAGAUAAAAUGCAAAAGAAAGAAAAUAAAUCGUAUUAUCCUAACAAGCUAUUUUUUUUUCCUUUAUCCUUUGAAAGAUUACUGGAUGAGGAAUCAGGAAACGUGGAUUUUAGUUCUAGUUACACCACGUGGGAAUUAAUUAUAUCAGACAAACCAUAGUACCUAUAGACAAAUGUCUGUAGAAACUAAUAAAUGGCACAGAGCUGGGACUUCCCUGGUGGUGCAGUGGUUAAGAAUCCGCCUGCAAAUGCAGGGGACAUGAGUUCAAGCCCUGGUCCGGGACGAUCCCAUAUGCUGUGGAGCAACUAAGUCUGUGUGCCACAACUACUGAGCCUGAGCUCUAGAGCCUGCGAGCCACAACUGCUGAGCCCGUGUGCCACAACUACUGAAGCCCAUGUGCCUAGAGUCCAUGCUCCACAACAAAGAGAAGCCACUACAAUGAGAAGCCUGUGUACCGCAACAAAAAGUAGCCCCUGCUCGCCACAACUAGAGAAAGCCUGCGUGCAGCAGCAAAGACCCAAUGCAGACAAUAAAUAAUUUUUUUAAAAAGUGUCUUUAAAAAAAUAAAUAAAUGGCACAGAGCAAAAUGUAAAGAGAUCCCAAAAUUAUUCAUAGCAUGUAAUAUAUAACAAAUAUUUCAUUGAAUAUUAGUCUGCUAAUGGCCCAGGAAUGAAGGUUUGCAUCACAACAGGUAAAGAACUAUGAUCAUCUGAGUGCUUGCUGAAGGCAAAAGGAAUACAGAAUGGGUAGUGGAAGAGGGUAGUUAUAAAUACCAGCUAUGACCAUGUGACCAGUUAUAGGAAAGUAAUUGUCAUGAAUAUCUCCUCCUCAUUUUGUUAUGCAUAUGUUUACGUGUAUAUGCGUGUUUAUGUUUUCUUCCCUUUCUUUUCCCAUAUCAUGUAACAUAAGAUGUACUGACUUUUUAUUAUAGUAUUUAAGUAUUAAUUUUACAUCAUAGUAUUUAAGCUAUGCGAUAUCAAGGAGAAAAUAUCACUUAAGGACUUUGCCUCCUUUCCUGGAGGAGGGUUUAGUGCGUUUUUAGUUGUAUACAAGAUAGCUAUGACAUGUUAGGAAGAAUUACAACCUUGUUAUUGUCUUUCUUUGGAGAUUAAGUGUGGGUUUAGGAGAUGCACGUGGAUGCCAAGUUAACACGUAAUGAUUAAAUUUAUGCGUCAGCUUGACUGAGCCAAAAAAAAAAGAAACCCAAGCCUUUAGAUAUACCGCAUUUCGUGGGAAAUUCUAGGGAUUAAGUGACAGCAUAAGGAGAUAGACAUAUUUAGAAUUUGGGACAUUCUAUAUGACAGCUGGCCUGACCUCUUACAAAGGGUCAACGUCAUGAGGGGGAAUUGGCAUAGAUGAGACAACACUUAAGAGCCAUAAUCAAUUUAUUGUGUGAAACUUACUGGAUCCUCGUUUCAAAGAAACAGGUAUACAUUUUUUUUAGGACAGUUAUAGAAAUUUGAAUAUGAAGUGAGUUUUAGGUGGUAUUAAGGAAUUACUGCUAUUUUUGUUACAUAUAAUAUUGGUAUUGUUAAUUGGAGAAGUAUCCCUACUCUUUGGAGAUACAUGUUAAAUAUUUAAGAAUUAAGUGUCAUGAUGUUUUUAAUUUACUAAGAAAUGAUCCACUUAUGAGGCAGAAAAGGCAAAAUAUUAAUAAUGGUUAAAACUAGGUGGAUGGUAUAUGGGCGUUUAUUGUAUUCUUUUCUUUCCUGCGUGUAUGAAAUUAGAAUUAAAAUUACAUUGAAACAGACAAAUAAAAAACAAGAGAAGGCUGCUGCCGGAUCCAUACAGCUGCCCUGCGCAGCCUGUGGACCCAAAGUGGUGAUAGCCCAUAGGAUCUAGAGCCUACUGGCCACAGCAAAAACUCAUACCUGCUGAAACUGGUGCUUCAGCAACUGCCACUGGCAAAGGAAGAAGGGCUUCUGCCUCCCUUCCACGAAUCAUGGGUGUGUGAUUGACCAGAUGAAUCUAGAACCCUGCUGGCCAGGGGCAUCCUACCAUGCAGGUAGUGGAGCUUAAGCCUCAGAGCCCCUCAGUUGCACAGGCAUCUUCCAAGACCCCAGAAGGGCCUUAGCAAUGUGUUCAUGGGGUCAUAUGCUUUUGCAACCAUCUUUGCAGAAGUAAGAUAUGUCAACUGAAAAUAGUUAAGAUUGCUAUUUCAACUCUGAUUUUCCUUGUGUCAUGGUAUUGGAUGACCAUGUGUUGUGUUGGAUGGUAUUGGAACGGCCAUGGGAAUUUUGGGGAUCCAGCUAAGAGGAAGUUGCACUGUAGGUACAUGUAGUUGGUGUUUGACUGUAUCUGCGUCUGUGGUUUGCGGUCAAUUCCAAGUUGUCCUGUUGUAGGAAUGGCUUCCAUGAAGACACUUACUGCUCACUGUGCCAACUCCCUGGACUUUAUGAUACCAAGAUGCAGGGCCAGAGGUCAUAUCAUGAUGUGAAUGUGUCCUAUGCCCAUCAUCAGAAGUAUUUAGCAGUGGUGGAGGAGAAAAAAAGGCUGAAAUGUACAAAGCCAGAAGCUAGUCUGUGUAAUAUUCUUCCACUUACCAGAUGUAUAAAAUUGUAAGUGGAGAAUUUGGUACUCACGGGUGCCUAGUAAAAUGGAAGAUUUCUCCUAUCAGGACCAUGCUCAGUAACUUAGCUUACACGUUUACAAACACCAAAUAGUUUUUGAUGGGCGUUAUGAAUCGUAGAGUUUAUCAGAAUUCCUAUAUUUGUAGGGCAGAACCUGCAGUAGUACUACAGAUAGUAUGUUUCAUAUGUUUUAUGCAUAUCAACAAUAAAAAUAAAUUUUAAUGAACCAUGCUGAAAGAAAAAUUCAAUUAUCUUUUUAUUUAUUUUCCAUUAGAUAUUACAAAAUCUUAUCUUAUGGAAAAGUGAUCAAAGAUCAUGUAGCACAAAAAAAGUAGAAAAAAAAACCUGUUAUAAAGCCUCUGGUUGUCAUAUCUUGAAGACUGUAAUAUUUAUGAAGGCAGGAGCUAAAUUUACUUGAAUCAACACUGGAACCUCAGCGCAGAGUACUGGUACAUAGUAAGUACUAAUAAAUGUCAGUUUAAUGGAUGAAUGAAUGAUGCAGUUUUAAAAAAGUUUUAUUGACGUAUAGUUGAUUUACAAUGUUAUGUUAAUUUCUGCUAUACAGCAAAGUGAUUCAGUUAUACAUAUAUAUAUUCUUUUCCAUGUUCUUUUCCAUUAUGGUUUAUCACAAGAUAUUGAAUAUAGUUCCCUGUGCUAUACAGUAGGACCUUGUUGUUUAUCCAUUCUAUACGUAAUAGUCUGCAUCUGCUGACCCCAAACUCCGAGUCCUCCCCUCCCCCACCCCCACCGCCUCCCCCUUGGCAACCAUAAGUCUGUUCUCUUAUAUCUGUGAGUCUGUUUGUUUUGUAGAUAUGUUCAUUUGUGUCGUAUUUUAGAUUCCACAUAUAAGUGAUAUCAUAUGGUAGUUGUCUCUCUUUUUGACUUACUUCACUUAGUCUGAUAAUCUCUAGGUCCAUCCAUGUUGCUGAAAAUGGCUGAGUAAUAUUCCAUUGUAUAUAUUGUAUAUACCACAUUUUCUUUUUCUGUUCAUUUGUUGAUGGACAUCUAUUGUAGGUUGUUUCCAUGUCUUGGCUCUUGUAAAUGGUGCUGCUAUGAGCAUAGGGGUGCAUGUAUCUUUUCAAAUUUUGUUUUGUCCGGAUAUAUGCCCAGGAGUGGGAUUGCUGGAUCAUAUGGCAACUCUAUUUUUAGUUUUUUGAGGAACCUCCAGACUGUUUUCCACAGUGGCUGCACCAAUUUACAUUCCCACCAACAGAGUAGGAGGGUUCCCUUUUCUCCACACUCCCUCUGGCAUUUGGCAUUUGUAGACUUUUUUUUUUUAAUUGGAGUAUAGUUGAUUAACAAUGCUGUGUUAGUUUCAUGUGUACAGCAAAGUGAUUCAGUUAUACAUAUACAUGUAUCUAUUCUUUUUCAAAUUCUUUUCCCAUUUAGGUUAUCACAGGAUAUUGAGCAGAGUUCCCUGUGCUAUACAGUGGGUCUUUGUUGGUUAUCAAUUUUAAAUAUAGUAGUGUGUACAUGUCAAUCCCAAACUCCUAGUCUAUCCCUACCCCCUACCCUUCCCCCCUGGUAACCAUAAGUUCCUUCUCUAAGUCUAUGAGUCUGUUUCUGUGUUGUAAAUAAGUUCAUUUGUAUCAUUUUUUUCAGAUUCUGCAUAUAAGUGAUAUCAUAUGAUAUUUGUCUUUCUCUGUCUGACUUACUUCACUUAGUAUGAUAAUCUCCGGGUCCAUCCAUCUUGCUGCAAAUGGCAUUAUUUCAUUCUUUUUAAUGGCUGAGUAAUAUUCCAUUGUAUAUAUGUACCACAUCUUCUUUAUCCAUUUGUCUGUCGAUGGACAUUUAGGUUGCUUCCAUGUCUUGGCUAUUGUAAACAGCACUGCAAUGAACAUUGGGGUGCAUAUAUCCUUUCAAACCAUGUUUUUCUCUGGAUAUAUGCCCAGGAGUGGGAUUGCUGAAUCAUAUGGCAGCUCUAUUUUUAGUUUCUUAACUAACAUCCUACUCUUCUCCAUAGUGUCUGUACCAACUUACAUUCCCACCAACAGUGUAGGAGGGUUCCUUUUUCUGCACACUCCCUCCAGCAUUUGUCAUUUGUAGACAUGUUUUUAAUUGGAGUAUAGUUGAUUAGCAAUGCUGUGUUAGUUUCUUGUGUACAGCAAAGUGAUUCAGUUAUACAUUUACAUGUAUCUAUUCUUUUUCAGAUUCUUUUCCCAUUUAGGUUAUUACAAGAUACUGAGCAGAGUUUCCUGUGCUAUACAUCUUCAAGCCCAAAUGAUUCAGUUUUUGCCUCAGUCAUCUGAGGACCAAUCUCUUACCUGAUCAUUCUCGUCACUGGCGUUAUGGACUCAAUAUCUGUGUCCUCCUCAGAUUCAUAUGUUGAAGCCUCUAGCUCACAAUGGGAUGGUAUUUGAAGAUGGGACCUUUGGGGGAUAAUUAGAGUCAUGAUGGGAUUGGUGGCCUUAUAAGAAGAAGAAGCUUGCACACACUGAGGAAAGACCAUAUGAGGACAUAGAGGAAGUAAGCUCUCCCCAGGAAGCCAACCUGCUGGCACCUUGAUCUUGGAUUCCCCAAGCCUCUAGAACUGUGAGAGAUAAACUGCUGUUGUUUAAGCCACACAGUCUAUAGUAUUUCGUAUGACAGCCAAGCAGACUAAGACAGGUGGUGCACCUGGCCCUGGAGUAGGGCAGGGGAGCUCUCUCACCCUGGUGGAGGAAGACUGCAUGGAGAAGGCAGGGUUUGGAGACCUUCCUGAAUGAACACAGGCCAUGCGUUACAAGCUGAGACUUAAAUGGUAACUAGGAGUGAGGCAAGAGAAGCAAGAAUCUGGUGAGAAGGGACUUGGGGAGGAGUGGGAGUAUUUUUGACUUUGCUUUGCCGUGUACCCCAAUGUCUGAAGCAGUAGGCACUCAACAAAGAGUUGCUGAAGGAAAUAAUAGACGGAGCCACACAGCGAAGUCCCUGUGGCCUGGAGGAGCCUGGAAGGCUGGUUCUCUGCAGUGCUGUCUUCAGAAGCUCAAAGCAGCAAGAGCGGAAGCCCAGAGAUAUGUACUGCUGUGCUCUGGCUCCCUGGGAAGUGGGCACUGAGGCUGUUUAUUGAGCACGAUGCACGACGCAUCGAAUCGAUCUGGCUGGGUGAGCCGCGACAAACCAAACCCCACAGAAAAAGGCAUCAGCAAAUUUAAAGCCUCGUUCAAGGUCUUGAUUCACCAUAAACUAAGUUGCCGGCAGCAGGUGUUGACACUUCUUCCACGGCGGUUGAUACCGGGAUUUAUCGACUUGCCAUAAGAUGUUGAUAUUGACCAAGACUGAGUUCCAAAUGAAAAGGCCUAUGGCAGUAUAUCUUUAUUGCUCAGAUAAUCUGCGGACUUGCUAAUCCUUCCUUGUCCCACUCAAUAAUGUUGCAGAAAUUCUUUUGGAACGGAGAGACCAUUACUUAAACACAACAAGAUGCUCUUUCCCUACAAGACCUCCUGAAACGGAUGGAGGUACCAGCAAUGUGUUGAGAACAUAACCAGUGUUGGAAAAUCUGUUUGUGCCUGUGCCCGAAACCAUAAUGCCUUUAAGUUUUUAGAGACCCAGCUCUCUCCUCUUGGGAAACAGCCCAGAAAAAAACACAGUAGGAUUUGACAUGGAACCUGUUCAUGAAUAGUGUCCACUUCCCUUUCCCCACUGGUCCACUUCAGGGCCACAGGUGUGCCUACCUCCCACCCAGGCUAGUGAACAGUAUGAUGUCACCCUUAGUGCUGGUCCCUGACAGUGAAAUUAAUGUGACAGUUGGUUCUUGCUAAUUGUGGGGCCCACUAGGAACACAGAAAAAGAGGGACAAUUUAUUACCUGCUAAUUUGUUUUCUCAUUGAAAUAAAUACAGUCUGCAGCCCUCAUUUAAGGGAGGAUAUGUAUGCAUUAGAGUCACAUAUGGUGACUUUUGAGUUAUUUUGGAUAUCAGGGUCCCUAGGAAAAUCAGCAGGGAGAAGAUGAGCGAACUGAACAGGGCCAAGGAAGCAGCCCAGAGUGGCUGGGUCAGGGAGCAAGCCAGAGGGGCAGAAUUUCCAACCCAGCUCCCUUACCCAGCUCUGUUCCCCUGGAUGGUUUCUAAGGGCCUCUUCAAAGAGGAAGAUGGAGGCCAGUGGGGAGAGGCCAAGGAAGACAGAGCCACAGGAAGAUGGAGAUUUCACAGACAUGCUCUACCCUGCCAUCAGGUAAGCAGGUGCAGGCUGACCCAGAUGCUGACCCACAGUGGGACUCUUGCUCUGUUCUCUCUUCUAAGACUUGCAUAGUCAUUAGCAGUGCAAUCUCUACUAGCCCUCCUGGCUUGCGGCCUCAGGGAGGGAAGGAAUUGAUCACAACAUCAACUGCAUUCCAAAGAGGUACUAAUAGAGGUUGAGAGCGCAGGCUUGGCCACCAGACAGUUUUGGGUUUGCAAUCUGGCUUCUGCACUUAUCAGCUGGGUGACCUUGGGCAAGUCUCUUAUCUUUUCUAAGCCACAGUUUUCUCAUCUGUAAAAAGGAGGAAAUAGUAACUGUACCAUGGCAGGCAAUGUUUAUGGCCUCCUCUUCUUCCUUGCCAACAGAAUAUCAAUUUUGUUCAGGUGUCACUUCCCAUGAUUUCUGGGGAGGUGGGCCUAGGUCCUGAUCCUAGAGUGAACAUGUGAUCAGUUCUGGCCAAUGAGGUGAAAAGGGAACAUUUGGGGAGUAGUUCUGGCAUUUUCCCUCCCUGAUAUGAGAAGGCAGACAAAGAGCAUCUCUCUAUUCUGCCUGCCACCUGCUUCCUUCUUGACGUGAAGUUGGUUGGUGGGAGGAACCCCCCCGCUCAUGCUGCCCCCUGCUUCCUACGAUGGAAAUUUCUUGACUAAUGCUAUGGCUGUGGCAGCAAUUUUAUUCCCAAGAGACCAGGAGAAGGUGGAGACACCUAUUCAGGGUCCUCCAAAAGCCUAACUGCCCAAGUUUCACGUGAGAAAAAUGAACCCUUGUUUGUUAAUGUUGCUGUGAAUUGAUUAUUCUGUUCCUUGCAGCCAAAAGCAUUCAUAAACAAUAUAAGUACCUAUUUCAUGGUUUGAUGGGAGAAUUAAAUAAGAUAGUCAGAGGGUCUUCUGGACAGAGGCCUGAAAGCUUCUCCAAUUUCUCUGCAGAGUCUUGACAGUAGGUUUGUGAUAUUUCCUCCUUGAGAAUAGCGAUGAAAGAGAGAGGCUGGGAAAAGGAGCAGAGAAGUGAGAUAACUCCACUUUUCUCUUUCUGUUUUGGGGAGAAGGCAAUUCAGACUUUAGAUGAUGAUUCUCCAACCACUGUGCCUGUAAUUCAUUGCAUGCUGGGUCAAGCGACUAUUGAAUACAUCUUGCAGACAAUGGCUGGAUUUAAAAUUUUUUGUGUACCUCAAACAUUGGUAAAUUUCGUUCAAUUUUCUCAUUGCUUUACCUACUAAGUUUAGGAUUGUGUAGGGCAUCACUUCAGUUCAAUAAGCAGUGGUUUCCAUUGUUUUAGGUUUUUUAUUUCUUUGCCAUUAGGUCUGCAAUCUAUACAGACUGAAGGGGACUAGACAGUUCUCGUUGCAAAGGAACCUUUUGGUAAGUGAAGAAUCAUUAUUUAAUGCUAAGAAUCAUCUUCCAAUUAAUUUAUUUGCUAAAAUUCUUGAGAACCCAAUAGUUGGGUGCUCAAAUAGGGUAGCAAUCUGCCCCAGGUUGGCUUCUGAACCCUGAAGCUCAACGUAUUGUGGUAGCUCACAGCCUGAGAGAAUCUUGCAAACUAUUUGCAAGGAUCACGGAAGGGACUGCAAAACAAUGUAUUCUUAGCUUUGAGUUGGUAUAGCUUGUCUGUCUCAUAGGUUAGUAUUUAUUUUUAAAAUUUUAUUUAAAAAUUAUUAUAUAGUAAAAUUAAUGUUUUGUGUGUAUACGAUUCUAUUAAUUUUGACACAUAUAUGGAUUUAUGUAACCACCACCAUAAUUAAAACAGUGGUCCCUCAUGCUAGCUCUUUCUAGUCACAUUGUUUUCUCACCUCCAACCUCUGCUACUGACUUGUCUGUUUGCCAUCACCAUAGUUUUGUGUUUUCGAGAAUGUCAUAUAAAGGGAAUCAUAUAGUAGAUCACCCUUUGAAACUGGCUUUUUCAUUCAGCAUAAUACCUUAGAGGUUCAUUCAAGUUGUUGUGUGUGUUAAAAUCUGUUCAUUUUUAUUGCUGAGUGGUUGAUAUUCCACUGUAUGGUUGUUCCACAGUUUGUUUAUCCAUUCACCUUUUGAAGGAUAGUUAGGUUGCCUCCAGUUUGGGACAAUAAUGAAUAAAGCCACUAUAAACAUUUGUGUUCAGGUUUUUGUGUGAACUUGGGUUUUCAUUUCUUAGGGUAAAUAAUUAGAAGUUGGAUCGCUGGGUCAUAUGGUAAGUGUACGUUUAACUUUGUGAGAAGUUGCCAAGCUGCUUUCUGGAGUGGCCACACCAUUUUGCAUUCCUAUCAGCAAGGUGGGAGAGUUCUAGUUAGUCCAUAUUUUAAUCAGUACUUGGCAUUUUGGGUAUUUUAAAUUUUAUUUUAGCCAUUUAAUGUGUGUAGCAGUAUGUCACUAUGAUUUUAAUUUGCAUUUUCCUAAUGAUUAAUAAUGUUGAACAUUUUUUUGACAUCCAUAUAUCCUCUUUGAUGAAGUGUUUAUUUCAGUCCUUUGCCCAUUUUUAAAUUGUGCUACUUGUUUUCCUGUUGUUGAGUUUUGAGAAUUCUUUAUAUAUUCUGGAUACAAGCCCUUUGUUGAACACGUGAUUUGAAAAUAUUUUCUUCCAGUCUGUAGCUUGUCUUUUCACUCUCUUAACAGUGUCUUCUGCAGACCAAAGUCUCUAGUUUUGAAGAAAUCUGAAUUUCAGUUUUUUUCUUUUAUGCAUUAUACUUUGUGUCUUAUCUAAGAAUGUUUUGCCUAACUUUAGAUCUCAAAGAUUUUGCCCAUGUCUUCCACAAGUUUUGUAGUUUUAUAUUUAGAUAUAUGAUCCAGUUGGGUUAAUUUUUGUAUAUGGUGUGAAAUUUAAGUUGAAGUUCAGUUUUUUUUAUUUUAGCAUAUGGAUGUCCAGUUGUUCCAGUACCAUUUGCUGAAAAGACUGUCCUUUCCCCAUUGAAUGGCUUUUGCACUUUUGUAAAAAAAAAAAAAAAAAAAAUGAGUUGGUCAUGUUUGUAUGGGGCUAUUUUUGGACUCUGUUCUGUUUCAUUGAUACGUGCAUGUCUAUUUCUUUGCUAAUUCCAUGUCUUGACUACUGUAGCUUUAUAAAGAGUAUUAAAAUUCGGGUAGUGUGACUUCUCCAACCUUACUCUCCAUUUUCCAAGAUUGGUUUAGCUAUUUGUCUUCAUCAGUUUGGGCUGCUAAAACAGAAUGACACAGAAUGAGUGACUUAAACAACAAACAUUUAUUUUUCAGUUCUGGAGGUAGGAAGUUUGAGAUCAGGGUGUCAACAUGGCUGGUGAGAGCCCUCCUCUUAGUUCAUAGCUGGCUGCCUUGCUGUAUUCUUCACAUGGAAGAAAGCGAGAGGAAGUAAACUCUCUCUUGCCUGUUCUUCUAAGGGCAGUCAUUCCAUUAUGAGGGCUCCACUCUCAUGACCUCCCCAAAGCUCCAUCUGCAAAUACCAUCACACUGAGGAUUGGGGUUUCAGCAUAUGAAUUUUAGGGGUACACAAACAUUCAGUCCGUAGCACUAUUCUAGUUUCUUUGCUUUUCCAUAUAAAUUUUAGAACUAGUUUGCCCAAUUCUAUAAAAAAAAUCCUGCUGGAACUUUGACUGAAAUUGUAUGAAUCUAUAGAUCAGUCUGGGAAAAAAUGAAUAUCUUUACUAUACUGAGUUUUCCAGUCUGUGAGCAGAGUAUGUUUUGUCAUUUAUUUAGGCCAAAUUUGAAUUCUUUCAUCAGCAUUUUGUAGUUUUUUCAACUCACAGGUCCCAUGCAUAUUUUGUUAGGUUUAUACAUAAGUAUUUUAUUUUUCUUGAAUAUGAAAUAUGAAAAUGGUAUGUAUUUUUACUAGUGUCUAAAACUUAGAUUGGGGCUUCCCUGGUGGCGCAGUGGUUAAGAAUCUGCCUGCCAAUGCAGGGGAAAUGGGUUUGAGCCCUGGUUGGGAAAAUCCCACAUGCCGUGGAGCAACAAAGCCCAUGCGCCACAACUACUGAGCCUGCGCUCUAGAGCCUGUGAGCCACAACUACUGACCUUGCUAGCCACAACUACUGAAGCCCGCAUGCCUAGAGCCUGUGCUCCGCAACAAGAGAAGCCACCACAAUGAGAAGCCCUCACACCACAAUGAAGAAUAGCCCCCGCUCGCCACAACUGGAGGAAGCCCGCGCACAGCAAUGAAGACACAAUGCAGCCAAAAAAAAACAAACAAACUACGAUUGAUUUUUGUGUGUUGAACAUUGAACUGGUGGCCUGUGACCUUGUUAAACUCACUUACCGUUUCUAUGAAUUUUGCUGUUGUUGUUAUUGUUGAUUUCUCAGGACUGUAUAUUUAGAAAAUUAUGUUUGUGAAUAAAGACAUUUUUAUUUCUUCCUUUCCAA